GAACGGAACGUGUUUGUUUUGAUACGUGCGAGCUGUGAGAACAGCCCUUAAAUUCUAUUAAACCGCACGUUAAUCAAACAAAACAAAGAUGCCGAAAGUACGGAGCACAACGGGCAAGCCCCGGACGCAGGGAUUUAACCAUUCCAACCACUCCAUGAAUCCGGAGCGACCAACAAGUGGCCUUAAAGGUGUCGCUCACCCGCGCACCAAGGGCACCAUCAAGCGCCUGCAGAUGUAUCGCAACUUUAAGGCAAAGCGCGAUCGUACUGGCAAAAUUAUUACCCCAGCGCCAUUUCAGGGUCGUCUGCCCGCUGGAACGAUGGCCAGAGUGGAGCCAACUCCGAAAUGGUUCAGCAACUCGCGUGUCAUUUCACAGACAGCUCUGCAAAAGUUCCAGGAUGAGAUUGGCAAGGCUGUUAAGGAUCCUUAUCAGGUCAUAAUGAAACCCUCCCAAUUGCCGGUAACGCUGCUGAACGAGGCCUCCAAGUAUCAACGCGUUCAUCUGUUAGACACAGAGAGCUUCGACAGCGUAUUUGGGCCGAAGAAGCAACGGAAACGUGUCAGCCUUAAGGUGCGUGAUCUAGAGGAUUUGAGCCGUGCAGCGGUUGAGCAGGCCGAUCAAUAUGAUUCUACAAAAGAUGUAGAUCUCAUACGGGAGGACACGGGCGAAAAGAAGGCUGUGCGUGAUUGGGUAUUUGGUGCGGGCCAGAGUAAACGCAUUUGGAACGAGCUUCACAAAGUUGUGGAUGCGUCCGAUGUAUUGCUACAGGUGCUCGAUGCCCGCGAUCCCAUGGGCACACGUUCCAAAUAUAUUGAGGAGUUUUUGCGCAAAGAGAAGCCGCACAAGCAUUUGUUCUUCAUAUUGAACAAAGUGGAUUUGGUGCCCGUGUGGGUGACGCAGCGCUGGGUGGCAAUCCUCAGUGCUGAGUAUCCCACAAUAGCAUUUCAUGCCUCGCUCCAGCAUCCCUUUGGCAAAGGCGCACUCAUCAAUCUGUUCCGGCAGUUGGGCAAACUGCACAUGGAUAAGAAGCAAAUUAGCGUGGGAUUCAUUGGCUAUCCAAAUGUGGGCAAAUCUUCGGUGAUUAAUGCGCUGCGCUCCAAAAAGGUUUGCAAUGUAGCACCCAUUGCGGGCGAAACCAAAGUUUGGCAGUACAUAACGCUAAUGAAGCGCAUAUUCCUCAUCGAUUGUCCCGGCGUGGUUUAUCCCUCUGCCGAAACGGAUACAGAGAAGGUGCUGAAAGGCGUGGUGCGGGUGGAGCUGGUCACCAAUCCGGAGGAUUAUGUGGAAACAGUGUUGCAGCGCGUGCGCAAGGAGUACAUUGCAAAGAACUACAAAAUAGAAAACUGGACGACAUCCACACACUUCCUGGAGCAGUUAGCCAAAAAGUCGGGUAAACUGUUGAAAGGUGGUGAACCGGACAUAACGGUAACAGCGCGCAUGGUGCUCAAUGAUUGGCAGCGCGGCAAGCUGCCUUUCUAUGUGCCACCCGAGGGCUUUGCUACGCCCAAAUCACAGGAGGGCAAACAAGCAGUGGAGGAAACCAUUGCUGCGGAAGAGGAGGCUACUGCUGAGGAUGCGGAUGCUAAAUCGGAGGCGCCCACGUUUGUAAGCGAGUCUGUGAAGCGGGCACGCGAAUUCAAGCAAAUUCAGGACUUCCGUAAAAUUCGCGUGGGUCUGGAUUAUGAGCAGCAGGAUGAGCGCGAACUGGAUCACAUUGAUCUGGAGCUGCUGGAGCAACAGAAAGCAGAGCGUGCCGCACGCAAAAAGGCACGUCUGGUCAAUCCAGAGCAAGAGGAAGAUUCCAGUGAUGGUGCCAGCGAUUUCUACUCUGAGGACGAAUACAAUGAGGAUCUGCAGCGUGUGGUGCACAAAAAAGCCAAGACCAAGAAGGCACAACAGCUGGCCAUCACAUCGUCGGGUAAAUUCCGCAUAGCCAAGGUGCAGCCAGGCGAUUCCGAUGAGUUGGACGAUAGCGAUGACGACGACGGGCCCAGCAGCAGUGCCAAGGCACCACGGCUCAAUGCCAAACAGAAGCGCGCUCUGGAACGCAGCCAGAAGCGCAAGAAAAUUGGCAGCAAUUUCUAUGAAACAACGAAUGUGAAGAAUCGCAAUCGCAACAAGAAAAAGGAUACAUAGCAUUGUUUAACUCUACGUUGUAUAAUUCGCUGCAGCAAACGCUAAACAUUAUAAUUAAGAAUCAAAUAAAACUGUUGCCCCCAAAAUACAAAAGAAA